AUGUCGGACGUCAGCAAGACUUUGCCAUCGUGCGACGACAUCAAGGCCUACGUCAAGCAGCUCCAAGGGUGCAACAAGAAGGAGGAAGUGGAAAGCAUGUUCGACAGCUUCAAGCACCGCUGCCAGGUCUACGUCAACCUCGUGUUCGAGACGCUCUGGGAGAGACGGCCAUUUUUGACAGACAGCGGGUAUCUCGGCCUCGGGGCCAGUCGGUAG